AUGACAUCAACAACAACCGUACCUCUCCGCCUUGCAUCUGGCAAUGGCCCGGUGACGAGACACGUUCUCCUGGCGCCUCCUCGGGACGCUACCACGGAGGAAAUUCCCAUUAUCGACAUCUCGCCCGUUCUAUCCCCCUCAUCCUCAUUCGAUGCACGCCUCUCCGUAGCAAAACAGAUCCGUGAGGCUGCCACCAACACGGGCUUCUUCUACAUCCGCAAUCACGGCAUCCCAAGCACCGUCACAGACUCUGCGCAUGAGGCCUGUGUGGACUUCUUCCGCCAGGACCUCGAGACAAAGCUGCAGGCCGAUGCAAAACAGUCGGCCUACUUCAAUGGGUAUAAGCCACCCCAGACACAGCGCAUCAACCCGUUCGAGGGCCUCGACGUCCGCGAGACGUUUAGCUGGACGUACGAUCCCCGCCUAGACCCCUCGGUGGGCGAUUUGGCCAGCAUCCCAGAGCACAUCCGCCAGUUUCUGAGGGUCGAGCCCGACGGGCCCCCAGGCAAUGAGGAUGACCGUUUUCCCUGGUCCGCCACAAAGAGCGUGCCGUGCUUCCAGCCUGCUGUGGUUGAGUAUUGGCGCUCGUGUCUUGGGCUCGCGAGGGCACUGGUGCGGUCCUUUGCUCUGUCUCUGGACCUAGACGAGGGCUACUUUGACGACAAGUUUAGCCACCCAGAUGCGGCGCUGGCACUGAAUUACUACCCGCCCCUCCCACCGUCAGCCGCUUCCGCUGGCGACGACUGUGCGAGUGCGACAAAGGAGGUGUCGAUUGGCUCGCACACGGACUUUCAGCUCUUUACCAUCCUCUGGCAGGACGACGCCGGCGGGCUCCAGGUGCUGAACCGCCAGGGCCAGUGGAUCAAGGCGACGCCCAUACCGGGGACAUUUGUGGUCAACAUUGCCGACUACCUACAGCGCAUCACAAACGACAAAUACCAGAGCACAGUGCACAGGGCGGUGAACCAUAGCGGGCACGAGCGGGUGAGCAUGCCCUUCUUUUUUGGCUUCAAUCUCAACGAGAGCUGUGGAGUUCUGGACAGCUGUGUCGGCGCGGAUGGCGUCAAGAAAUACGACGAGAUUGGGUGUUUGGAGUGGGUGAAGAAGCGAGUCAAGGCAAUGCAUGAUACCAAGGGCGCAUAG